AUGGGCAAGAUCGAGGAGCGUUUGGCCGAGCUCGGCUACGAGCUGCCCGCCGCGGGUGCGCCCAAGGGCAACUACGUCAACGUGGUGCGCACGGGCGACUACAUCUACACCGCUGGCCACCUGCCCGUGACGGCUGCGGGCGAGCUCAUCACUGGCAAACUGGGCAAGGACCUGACCACGGAGGAGGGAUACGCCGCGGCGCAGCGCGUUGCGUUGGCUCUGCUGGCCACGCUCAAGAAGGAGCUGGGCGAGCUGGGCCACAUCAAGCGCGUGGUGAAGCUCACGGGCUUCGUCAACUGCGUGGACACGUUCACGGCCCAGCCGGGCGUGAUCAACGGCGCGUCGGACGCCGUGGCCGCCAUCUUCGGCGACAAGGGGAAGCACGCGCGCUCGGCGGUGGGCACCAACGCCCUGCCGCUCAACGUGGCGGUGGAGAUCGAGGCCGUCGUGGAGGUGGAGGCCGGCGCGCCCUCGCUCACGUGAGCGAUGCUGUAGCUGCAGAUGACAUGAGAGUAAGGCUCCCCUCCCUUGCAUCAAGACUGCAGGGCAGGGCAGCGGAAUAAUAAUCCCAGCGUGUGACCACAUAGU